CCUAUACCCAUGUGUGCAGCUCUGGGUACAGGAUGUAGACGUCAGCAAAUGCACAGGACUGGUUUCUCUUGCACUCACGAGUCUUCGCAGGCAAGAAGAAAGCGACCUUUCCCAAAAGCACUGGGGCGUCAGUGACCAUCCUUCCUUCAGACAGUGACAGACCUUUUCUGGUUCCAGUUCAGUUCAGCCAAACAACACCGAGUGUGGCGCAGGCGGUCUGCACCAUUUGUUUCUGCCACACGUCAGAGCUUUCGCCUUGAAAGAGCUAAGGAUUUUCCAAGAUGGGGUUCCAAAAGCCGACCAAGAAGAGAAAGAGCAAGAGCUCCAAGCGGAAGGAUGGGAGCCAGUCAACUACACCAGGGACUGUAAGCGGGCAAAACUCUGUUGGUGGCUCUGUCGACAACAGCGACACCGAGCUGGAGGUCGAGGCCCGCCCUUCCAUUCUGGGGGGUUCUUCUUCCCAGGGGGCCGCCUCUUCCGGACUCCCCCCUACCGCGCAGCAGAAGCGGGCUGGGCAGGCCCUCCAGGACGCGGUCGAAAAGACGUUUGGAAAGUCACCGUCCCCUGAGGAGGCCUCUGGUGUGAGUGGGCCCAGCGCUGGUGUAAGUGGGUCCGGUUCAAGUGCCAGCGAAGCCACGCUGACCAAAAGCAAGUCGGAGAGGAAGAAAAAGACGACCAUGAUGGAGGGAGGAGAGGCUGCUGCUAGUUGGCUGGCUGGGGCCACUGGCACGAGCGAGGUGCGUGUGGGGGCUGCUGAUGUCAGCGCUGUGAAGCCGAAGUUGGAGAAGGGCGACGUUGGGGCAAGCUCUCAGAAGCGCGAGGAGCUGAAAGAGCGUAUGGAGAAGCUGAAACUAGAAAGGGCCGAAAGUGUGAAGAAGGAAAAGGAAGCAAAGGAGAAGCUGGCGAGUGAGGAGACGGCGCGGAAAGAAGCAGAGGAGAAGAAGGAAGCGGAGGCGGCUGCUAGAGAGGCGGCCGAGAAAGAGUUGGCUGAGAAGCAGGAGAGGGAAAGAGCAAUGAAGGAAGAAGAGGAGAGGGCUGCACACGAGGCGGCGCUGAAGAGGGAAGCGGAAGAGAAAGCGAAGCGAGAAGAGGAGGAACGGGCUGCAAGAAUUGCAGCAGAGGAGAAAGCAAGGGCGGAAAGGGAGGCAGCCGCCAAAGCUGCGGAGGAAAAAGCGAGGGUCGAGAGGGAGGAGGCAGAGAGGAAGGCUGCCGAAGAGAAGGCGAGAGAAGAGAGGAAAAGGGCGGAGAACGAGGCUGAGAUGAAGAAAGCUGCGGAGGAGAAAGCGCGAAAAGAAGCUGAGGCGGAAGCUGCGAGGGUCGCAGCCGACGAGAAGGCGAAGAGGGAAGCCGAGGAAAAAGCUCGGGGGGAGAGAGAGGCGGCAGCGAAGAAAACGCAAGAGGAGAAGGCGAGACGGGAAGCCGAAGAGAAAGCGGAACGGGAGGCCGCUGCAAAGAGGGCUGCUGAAGCGAGUGCGAAAGAGGAUGCGGAAAAGAAGGCGAAGGCGGAAACGGAGAUGAAAGCGGCUGCCGCGCAAACUGCGGAGAGGGCGAGAGAGGAGAAGCUCGCGUUUGAGAGCUCUCCCAUCGAGGAAGAAGCCGUGCGAAACAGCGCAAAGGGUUCGGAAAGAGCGCCGACGCCGGAACCCCAGGUGGGGACAGACGUAGGGGCAGUGCACGUGGCUGAAAUCAGCAUCGCUGAGGAGAAGGGGACUGAGGAGAGACACGCGUUUGAGAGGGCGGCAAUCGAGGAGGAAGCCGCGAGAAAGAGCGCAAAGUGUGCAGACCCCGCGCCACCGUCGGCUGCUGCGGGAUCAGCUGUGAAGCUUACCGCGAAAACAGGCGUAGAGAACGUUCUGGCACGUGUUGCACAGAACGUGAACGGAACACCCGAUGAUUCGGUUGCACUUGAGACAUCGGCGUCUAGCGAUGUUGCAAAGACGGGGCCGGUAGAGUCCGUGGACAAAGCCGCAGCGAGCCACAUGGCAGCAAAUGGACACGUGGCAACGAACGGAGAUGCGAAUGGCGGGGUAGCAGCGGAGAAAAGCGCGCCGGCGUCUGUGGGGGCUGUGCCUGCUGCCACUGGGCAGCCCGCUGAGGAAGGCAGGGAUGAGCGCGUGGGAGCCAGGCCGACAGGCGAGGAUGCGGAUGGGCCGACCCCAGUCAAGGGCUGCUGCGUGAUCCUUUAGGCCUGCUCUAGAUGCACGUAACCAAGUUGAGAAGUGCGUGUCGUUUUGGUGAACUGUUCUUGCGUUUAAGGAGCGAGUCGCUUCCGGUUCAGUGUUGGUGUUGCUUACUUUGACGGUGCAUGGUGAUAUGGUGGGCAGACGUUUGUUUUACUGGAGCUCGACUUCUGUGAGGACUGUGAGAACGUCAAAAAGUUGGAAAUGGACAAUUGACUACAGUAGUUCCUAAAGCCAUCCUGCGAGACACGAGCUGAGGUCUUGUUUCAGGAGUUGCUUGCUUUGUUGGCCCCUUAAAGAUAGUCCUAGAUAAGGUAGGAAUGUCGCUUUGCAGCGCGUCGCCCUUCUCCUAGAAAAGAUUACGAGCAGCAACAUAGCGCACCUGCUACCAAUGGCAUAAAGGCUUGAGCGCAACAGUAGGCCAGCAGUAAGCUUGAGCGCAAAGCGUGAUACCCGGGCAGUGUAGACCUUGCAGCGCUAGGAUUGCUCUCGGCUCAGCUUGUUUGUUCGCAUACCAUUGACAUAUCACGAAAUGUAACAAGUUCUGAAGAUCUGCAUGGUCAUUCCAUACAGCAUAUGAACACUUGGAGCGCAAGGGUGGA